AGAAUAAAAGCUCACUGGAAACAUCCCAAAUGCAUAAGUGGUUCUCAUCUUUUUUGGCAGCCUAAAACCUGAGUGGAGUUUAAAGAAAACUAAAUUGGACCAUCCAGUUUCCUUCCCAGGAUCAUCUGGACAGCACACAGAGCAGAAUAGAAAACACACUACACAACCAACAAGGCAACAGAAGGGUGUGGGAAGUCAGUUAGUGAACCAAACACGAAAUCAGUCAAAGCUUCAAAGCUGAGCUUCGGUCACGUCCAGUGUACCGCUUUAUGAUGGAUUCUUCCAAAUCUUCUGACUAUUGUGAAUACUUUGGCAAAAUCCAUGGAAUUCUAAUGUAUAAAGGUUUUAUAAAACAUUGGGAUGAUGUGGAGACAUUCCAGGCAAGACCAGAUGACAUUGUCAUUGCCACCUAUCCUAAAUCUGGUACAACCUGGGUUAGUGAAAUUGUAUACAUGAUCUGCAAAGAGGGUGAUGUGGAAAAAUGCAAAGAAGACGUCAUUUUUAAUCGAAUACCUUUCUUGGAGUGCAGAAGAGAAGAGCUGAUGAAUGGAGUAAAACAAUUAAAACAGAUGGCAUCUCCUAGAAUAGUGAAGACUCAUCUGCCAGCUGACAUUCUUCCAGCCUCAUUUUGGGAAAAUAACUGUAAGAUGAUCUAUCUUUGCCGGAACGCCAAAGAUGUCGCUGUUUCCUUUUAUUAUUUCUUUCUAAUGGUAAAUGCCCAUCCAGAUCCUGGAUCUUUUGAAGAGUUUGUGGAGAGAUUCAUGGAUGGACAAGUGCCUUAUGGUUCCUGGUAUAAACAUGCAAAAUCUUGGUGGGAAAAGAGGAAGAAUCCACAUGUGCUUUUUCUCUUCUAUGAAGACAUGAAGGAGGAUAUCAGAAAAGAGGUGAUAAAAGUGAUACAAUUUCUGGGAAAGAAGCCAUCAGAAGAGCUUGUGGACAAGAUUAUACAACAUACUUCAUUCCAGGAGAUGAAGAACAACCCAUCUACCAAUUAUACAACACUACCAGAAGAAAUCAUGAACCAAAAAGUUUCUCCCUUCAUGAGAAAGGGGAUUGCAGGAGACUGGAAGAAUCACUUUACAGUAGCACUGAAUGAGAAAUUUGAUAUACAUUAUGAGCAGCAAAUGAAAGGGUCUACUCUAAAGUUAAGAACUGAAAUCUAAGAAGGGUUUUCUUAACAUAUCUAAGGUUAAAGCUUUCUUCUCAUUGUUCCUCACUUUUUUCAAAUUUUGGAUUGGUAGAGAAGGAAUCAUAUGAAGGAUCAUGAUCGGAUUCACAUGAUUAUUGAAAUGUUCAUAUAAAAACAAGAUUUUUGUCCAGGCUAUGGUCUUUUUUGUUUUCUUUCUUUUUAUUCCUUUUUUUUUUUUUACAAAUAUUGCACAAAUAUAUAACCUAUAAAUUAC